GAAAACGUAUUUCACCGGGUCAGAAUCUAGGGUAUGUACGUUACAACGCCGUUUAAUUCUACGAUUCCACCGCUGUGUGAUUUUUAACUCUCACUGCCGCACCCCCUUCGCGUUUUCUUCUCCGAUUGCAGCCUGAAACGACUUCACACCGUCGUGAUCUAUUUGCUUGUAAACAGAAAACCCUAGAUAGCUAUUUUUUUUUGUCCCCCACCCCCCUCUCUCUCUACCCCUAAUGAGGCCGCUCACCGGCCUUCUCGUCUCCUUCUUAGUUAUCUCUUCCUCCUUUAUUCCGAUCCAUGGCGCCUCAGAUUCUAAACAGGAAGAGACGAAGAAGAAAAACAAGUUUCGAGAACGCGAAGCUAGUGAUGAUUUGCUCGGUUAUCCCAACUUAGACGAGGAUUCCUUGUUGAACUCCAAAUGCCCGAGGCAUCUGGAAUUGAGAUGGCAGAGUGAGGUUAGCUCAAGCAUUUACGCCACUCCCUUGGUUGCUGACAUUAAUAGCGAUGGCAAGCUUGAGGUAGUGGUGCCAUCAUUUGUUCAUUACUUGGAAGUGCUGGAAGGGACUGAUGGAGAUAAAGUUCCAGGAUGGCCUGCCUUCCAUCAAUCAACUGUCCAUUCUAGCCCUCUCUUGUUUGAUAUCGAUAAGGACGGUACGAGAGAAAUAGCUUUGGCUACCUACAAUGGUGUAAUUAAUUUCUUCAGGGUCUCAGGCUAUAUGAUGGCUGAUAAACUAGAGGUACCUCGAAGAAAAGUUCAUAAGAACUGGUAUGUUGGGUUGUAUCCAGAUCACGUGGACCGUUCACAUCCAGAUGUACACGAUGACUCACUUGGUCGAGAGGCUUCUGAUACAAUUCCAGUAUCUCAUAAAGAUGGGAGCACGAGCUCCUCCGCAAAUACUUCUUCUAAAUCAACACCUGAUGCUACUGGCUCAGUGAAUACCUCUUCUACAUCGACACCUGAUGUUACUGUCUCCUCAGUAAACACUUCUUCUACAUCAUCGCUUGUUAACACCGAUUCCAUAAUCAAUGCAUCUAAACCAGAGGAUGGAAGCAAAGAUGAGCCAGUUCAAACAGAGCAAGACAAGAGGUCAGCAAAUAAUCCUGAGAACACCACGUCUGUUGAUUUGUCAUCAGAAAGUGUUAAGGUGGAAAAUUCAGUACACUCUCAAAGGAGGCUUCUUCAAGAAGUUGACUCAAAAGCAGUUCAAGAUGAAACCUCCAGCUCUCAUGCGAAAGAUGGAGCUGAGAUGCAUGCAGCAGGUGCAGAAAACAAUGAGGGUCUAGAGGAAGAAGCUGAUGCAUCUUUUGAUUUAUUUCGGGAUGCAGAAGAGCUUCCAGACGAGUAUAAUUAUGAUUAUGAUGAUUAUGUUGAUCCGUCCAUGUGGGGAGAUGAGGAAUGGAUGGAGGAGAAACACGAGAAAUUGGAAGACUAUGUAAACAUAGAUUCACACAUCCUCUGCACCCCAGUUAUUGCAGACAUUGAUAACGAUGGAGUACAAGAGAUGAUUGUUGCUGCUUCUUACUUCUUUGAUCGCGAAUACUAUGACAAUCCAGAGCAUUUGGCUGAUUUGGGUGGCAUUGAUAUAGAAAAAUAUGUAUCCAGUGGCAUAGUAGUUUUCAAUCUUGAUACCAAACAAGUUAAAUGGACUGCUGAUUUUGAUCUCAGUAUUGACUCUGGGACAUUUCGUUCUUAUAUUUAUUCUUCUCCUACUGUUGCUGACCUGGAUGGUGAUGGAAAUCUUGAUAUUCUUGUGGGCACUUCUUUUGGCAUGUUCUAUAUAUUGGAUCACCGAGGUAAAGUUAGAGAAAAAUUUCCUCUUGAAAUGGCCGAGAUUCAAGCACCGGUGGUGGCAGCAGAUAUAAAUGAUGAUGGUAAAAUAGAAAUAAUUACCACUGAUUCCCAUGGCAAUGUUGCUGCAUGGACAGCCCGAGGAGAGGAAAUUUGGGAAGUGCAUCUCAAGAGUCUAAUUCCACAGGGUCCAACUGUUGGUGAUGUUAAUGGGGAUGGUUAUACAGAUGUUGUCGUCCCAACAGUAUCAGGUAAUAUAUAUGUUCUUAGUGGAAAGGAUGGAUCGUUUGUUCGACCCUUCCCGUAUAGGACACGAGGGAGAUUGAUGAGUCCAGUUCUUCUGGCUGAUUUAAGCAAACGUGAUGAAAAGUUAAAGGGCCUAACUCUUGUUACAACUGCAUUUGAUGGCUAUUUGUACCUAAUUGAUGGGUCCACUGGUUGUACGGAUGUUGUUGACAUUGGCGAGACAUCAUACACCAUGGUCUUGGCAGAUAAUGUUGAUGGUGGGGACGAUCUUGACCUUAUUGUUACUACUAUGAAUGGCAAUGUCUUUUGCUUUUCCACACCCUCACCGCAUCAUCCUCUGAAGGAAUGGAGAUCAUCCAACCAGGGAAGAAACAAUGCAGCAAGUAGAUAUAACCGUGAAGGAAUAUACAUAUCACAUGGAUCCAGAGCUUUCCGCGAUGAGGAAGGUAAACAUUUCUGGGUGGAGCUGGAGAUAAUAGACAAGUACAGGUUUCCCUCAGGGCAUCAAGGGCCUUAUAAUGUCACAACAACAUUAUUAGUUCCUGGAAAUUACCAAGGAGAAAGGCGAAUUGUCGUCAACAAUGUAUAUAAUCAACCUGGAAAGCAACGGAUAAAGCUGCCAACAGUUCCUGUUCGAACAACAGGGACUGUGCUGGUGGAGAUGGUUGACAAGAAUGGAUUGUAUUUCUCUGAUGAAUUUUCUCUUACAUUUCACAUGCAUUACUACAAGCUACUGAAGUGGCUUCUGUUUCUACCGAUGCUCGGAAUGUUUGGAGUUCUUGUCAUUCUACGUCCCCAGGAAGGUGCACCGUUACCAUCGUUUUCACGAAAUUUGGAUUGAUAUUAAUGAUAUCCAAUGAAGAUGAGAAUACUCCAAAGUGCGAUGCUAUCUGACAUGUAUGCCUUGUUACAUCUGAAUGUGUGAGCAUGGACAUGCAUUCUCUCAUAGCAACCUUAUUGAUGUAUUAGCAGCUCAGACACAUUGAAUGUUUAAUCGGGGAUAUAAAUUCCUGCAAAACAAGGGAAGGAUGAGCAAUCCAAGGUUCCUGUUGAGCCUUCUCUAAUGCAGGGCUAUCCCAUCGACCAAUUAUCAUCCAAAGGUUCUAAGGUGCUUUUUGGUACAUCAAGAAAAAAUGAAUGUAAUGUAAUAGAGAUCCGUGCAUCAUAUGAAGAGAUUUUUCAUCAAUGGAUAGAAACUUUGGUGAAUGGUCCACUUAAGUUGAUAUAAGUUUUUCUCUCUCUCUAUAUAUGAACUUAUUUCAGGGGA